AUGGAUCUUUUCUGGAGUCUAGAUGAAAGUCCGGCGGCCUUGCUGCGGGCUCCUCCUGGGGCUGAGGUUGCGCCUGUGCCCGUGGGGGGAAGGGGAGGCUUCGCACUUGCCGCCCCUGGGCCGGCCGAGGGCUCCCCGGUGGCCUUUCCGGGAGCUCCUGGCGCUUGCUGCGAGCAGGGGUGGGGAGCGCCGGUGCCCCGCGCCCCGCUUAGCCCAGAUCUCCUCCCCUCGCCUUGCGUGCCCGGGGAGCGGUGGUGUUGCGUUCUCCUUUCCUGGGAGCUUUUUCUGGCAGCUGAACGAAACUCUUACCAUGCCGGUCUGUCUUCCGGGUUGUCUGUAGGCUGUGUGCAGAAGAAAUCGGUUCACUCGGAAGAUCCAUUUAAUGAUGAACAACGUGAGCGGCAUGAAGUAGAAAUGCUAGCCAAGAAGUUCGAGGCAAAAUACGGUGGAAAGCCCCACAAACAUCGGAAGGAUCGCCUGCAGGAUCUAAUUGAUAUAGGUUAUGGUUAUGAUGAAACGGACCCUUUCAUUGAUAAUUCUGAAGCGUAUGAUGAAUUGGUUCCUGCAUCCCUGACAACCAAAUAUGGAGGGUUUUAUAUCAACACUGGUACACUGCAGUUCCGCCAGGCAUCUGACUCGGAGGAUGAAGACUUUGCAGAAGACAAAAAGCAUAGGCCACCUAAAAUAGCAAAGUUAAAAGAAAGUGAAGAUCGUGGAAUGAAGAAGCGCAAGCGGAAAGAUGAAGGGACAGAAAAGGAGAAGAAGCCUCGGAAAAUGAAAGUUCCUAAGCAGUUGGGAGUAAUGGCCUUAAAUUCACACAAGUCUGAAAAGAAGAAAAAGAAGUUGUAUAAAGACUCACUCUCUCUGGCUGCCAUGAUCCGUAAAUUUCAAAAGGAGAAGGAAGCCAUGAGGAAGAAGGAAUCUAGUCCAAAACCUCCAGUGACUGUUGCAACCUCUACCCCUAAUAAAAUUCCUUCCUCCUCUCUCACUGCAGGAAACGAUAUCUCUGACUUGAAUCUUAGGAUCAAUGAUCCUGUCCUCUCCAUUUUUGGUAGCACAAAUGAACGUGAGCUCCUGCAAGAAGCUGAAAGUGCCCUGGAGAUGCUAGGAGACAUUGACUUUGACAAGUUGCUUGAUGGCACUUCUGAUGGCAGCCCGGUAUCUGAGCUGUCAGGAGAAAAUGGAAAUGUCACUCAGGCAACCUACACCUCUCAGGUCAUGACACCCAAGCAGGUGCCUGCCCUCCCAGAAGGUCUACCUAUGCUACUUGAAAAGCGCAUUGGAGACCUUCGAACAGCCGCCAAGAUGUUUGAUGAAGAAGGCAGGAAGAAGUUUUUCACGCAAGACAUGAAUAAUAUUCUGCUGGAUAUUGAGCUACAGUUACAGGAGAUAAAUCCUGCCAUCCGCAAUGGAGUGUACUCUCACCUUGAGGCUUUUGUGCCGUGCAAUAAGGACACACUGAUAAAGCGUCUGAAGAAGCUACACCUCAAUGUCCAGGAUGACCGCUUGAGAGAACCACUGCAAAAGCUGAAACUGGCUGUGAGUAACGUCAUGCCUGAACAGUUAUGCAAGUAUCAAGAGGACUGUCAGGCCCGCAAUCAAGCCAAGAAUGCCAAGUUGCAAGCGGAAGAUGAACGAGAAAAAAAUGGAUCUGAGGAAGAUGAUGAUGAGAAACCUGGAAAGAGGGUUGUGGGACCCAGAAAGAAGUUUCAUUGGGAUGACACAGUGAGGUCUCUGUUGUGUAACCUUGUCAAGAUCAAGCUGGGAUGCUAUGAGCUAGAGCCAAAUAGAAGUCAGUCUGCUGAAGAUUACCUCAAAACCUUUAUGGAAACGGAAGUGAAACCACUUUGGCCUAAAGGCUGGAUGCAGGCAAGGAUGCUUUUUAAAGAAAGCCGAAGUGUUCACAAUCACCUCACUUCUGCUCCGGCAAAGAAGAAGGUGAUUCUGGCCCCUAAACCCAAAGUGAAGGAUUCCAGUCCAAAGAAAGAACAGAAAACCUGUAUGUCUUCAGUCAAUUCAAGUUGCGCUACUGUACUGAGUUCCAGCACACCUGUCUGUACCCCAGCCAGCUCUAGCUGCACACCAGCUCCGGAGACGAUCUGCUUGGACGACUCACUGGAUGAAGACCUCUCUUUCCACCCACCCUCACUGGACUCUAUUUCUGAUGCUCUGGCAGUUAUCAAUAAUGGUGCCAAGGGAUCGCCUCUUGGGUCCACCAUAGACACACCAACAUCCAGACCUCGCCCUGGGCUGAGGGAAGAGAAACUAGCAAGCAUUAUGAGUAAGUUGCCCCUGGCAACUUCAAAGAAAGUAGAGCCCACUCAAACACCCCAUUCAUCAAGUCUUAUUGCUGGUCACACAGGGCCAGUACCAAAGAAACCCCAGGACCUAGUUCACACUGGUAUCUCUUCAGGCCUUAUUGCUGGAUCUUCAAUUCAAAAUCCUAAGGUUUCCUUAGAGCCUUUGCCAGCCAAACUACUUCAACAAGGACUACAGAGGUCAAGCCAGAUCCAAGCUGCUUCCUCCUCUUCUCAGACUCACGUUUCUUCCUCUAAGACCCAAGCAGCUAUUUCUUCCACCUCUCAAAGAACCAAGGAUGCUAAUAUCUUGGUAUCAUCUUCUGAGGCUCAAGGUGGUUCUUCCUCAACAUCACAAGUGACAAAGGUGCACCAGCAUUCAGCUGUACAGCAGAAAUACGUAUCUCCUUUACAAGCAACUAUUAGUAAAUCACAGACCAAUCCAGUGGUGAAAUUGAGUAGUAAUCCCAAACUGUCUUGCUCAUCACCAGUCAUCAAGGCUCAAGAUAAGUCUGUAGUGUAUCGCCUACCUUUGUCUAAUCCUUCAUCUGCAAGUGGCUCUCAAGUGUCUCACCCACUGGUUUCUCGGACAACAUCCAGCACCUCUACCUCUAGUAACUAUUUAGCCAAGGCUAUGGUGUCACAAGUUUCUUCCCAGGGUUUCAAGCCUCCCUUCUCCAUGGCUGCCUCUCCCAAACCUGCUGCCUCUCCCAAGCCCACUGCAUCUAAGCCCUCUGUGACACCCAAGCCCAAUGCAUCGCCUAAAUUUUCAUCCAAGUCCACCUCAUCCCCCAGGCCUGCAACAACACCCAGUUCUUCCAGUUCAAGUGCACUAGUUUCCCAGAGUAGUCACUCCAGCAACAACCCCCUUCAUAAACAGACCAGUGGUGUAAAUAUCAGCAGGCAGUCUCCCACAAUGAAUUUGCUGCCCUCUAAUCGCACCUCAGGCCUUCAGCCUGCAAAGAACCCUCAGGCAUCUUCAAAAUUGCCCAACUCUUCUCCUUCUGGAACUGUUGGUAAAAAUAAUUUGGGUGGAGUUGGAAUGAAUGUACCUGCCAGCAGAGGCAGUAACCUUAACUCAAGUGGAGCUAGUAGGACUAGUCUGUCUGGGGGAGCAGGAAGUGGAACACAGGGUGCUACUAAACAGUUGUCAACUCCACACAGACCAUCUUCUGCCUCAGGGUCUCCAGUUGUAGCAGCCAGUGUGCAGUCAACAGCAGGAGCGUCAUUACUGGCUAACGCCUCACCUCUGACUCUCAUGGCAUCACCCCUGUCUGUAACCAGUCAGAACGUGACAUCUGCACCAUUAACUCCUUUUGGGAUGCUGGGUGGCCUUGUUCCUGUGACCGUGCCCUUCCAGUUUCCCUUGGAGCUGCUUGGCUUUGGGACGGACACAGCUGGAGUGACAACCACCUCGGGAUCUACCUCAGCGGCUUUCCACCACAGCCUAACUCAGAACUUACUGAAGGGUUUACAGCCAGGUGCUCAGCACGCAGCAACGCUGUCUCACUCACCUCUGCCUGCUCACUUGCAGCAAGCUUACACAGAUGGAGGCCAAAGUAAAGGGGACACUAAGUUACAGCGGAAAAACCAGUGACUUCUGGACAAGCAAGGGAGCUGAAGCAGUUCUGGUUGGCUGACAGAAUCUGCCCAGUUGGGAAAGUGCUUAUUGUCACAGGGCUGCUGUUUCUGUCGAUGUUUACAUAUUCUGAUCCCAAGCACUGUGGUGAGAGGAAGAAGAAAAAGAAAACAAUACUUGAUCAAAGAGAGAAGGAAAAGGAGGACUGGUCCUCCUGGUCAUGCAGACUGGUCAUAGUUUGAUCUUGCCUAAAGAAACAAGCUUUUUUUUAUCUGCUCUGAUUGGCUUUUAAGAGAAAUUGAUCGUCAAACCCACAGCAGCACAAACUUUUUUUUUUUCCUGGGUGAUGUCCAAUGAAGAGUUGAAAGUGUGAGAGGAGCUAGAAUAGGUUUCUCCAUCCAUUAUGUAAGGUGGAAUCAUCCACUUCAUUAGUGCCCAAAGUGCCCAGUAUAAGAUUGUGUAGGUCCCGAGUGUAAUAUAUGGUUGUGGACCAAAGGUUAUGUAGAGGUGGUGCUGGGAUACUUUGCGUUAUAACUAAACCCUUACACAAAGGCAGUUUCUGAUAACGGGCAUUUUUCCAGCUUUAUAAGGCUGUUUGGCUUUAGGGAGCCUACAGAUGUAUGCAGUCUCAUUAGAGAGUUGUCUUCAAAAACAGAUCUCCUGGAACAUUGAGAUGGGAGAGACAGACUACUGGGAAAUCCCUUGCUCCUUGUUUGAUUCUUUUUUUUUUUUUUUUUUAAUAUAAAGAUUCUUAUUUAAGGGAGGAAGGGGAUGGAAAUUCUUCCAUUUACAUGAAAAGGAAACACAUUGGUUAGACUAGCAUUUCCUUCCCACAUCUUUUUUUUUUUUAAAGGCACACUGAUUUUUCAUUCCUUCCAUUUGUUAAACUUUUCUUUGCCUUGUGCUUAUCUGCUACUAAAAUUAAGUAAUGUUCUAUUCACGUCUUUUUUUUAUAAAACACAACCACUUCUUUACUCAUUCUAGAUCUUCCCAUCUUUCAUCUAACUCCUCCCAAAAGCCAUGCAUUAUACUGAUUUGUUAGUCAAAGAAAGCUGAUGUGACCUAUUCCAGAGCCAGGUUAAUACUGCUUCAGGCAUUAGCCAAAGAGGAGUCGUUCAAAAAGCGACCAGAGGUGCCUUCUCUUCUGGCGGCUGAAUGGGUUUUCUCCAGCAUUUCCAGCCCCUGCUGGCCUGGGGAGUUCCUGACCUGAACUCUUCCUUACAUGGUAGCACAAGACUGCAAAGCUGGCUUGGUUUUUUUUUUUUUUUGGAUAGCAAUAUAUUGACUGGUUAAUUUGUAAGGUUAGGAAGUAUCCAGCACACGUUGCACUUUCAACACUAGGACAGAACUUUGUUGUUGAAUCCCUUGCGCUGUCAGAUAAAAGAUGAGAAUGGCAGAAACUGAAAUACAUCAUAGGGGAAAGGAGCAAAUAAAAUAGUAUGAUGCCCUUCUCCUUCAACCCUGAAACAUUCCUUUGAUCGGAGAUGCUGAAAUUCUUAGUAGCUAAUCUUUCCAGUAGUUUGACUUGAGAUUGAACCAGUGACUACUGGUUAUCUCACACCUUCCAGAGAGACUUUGACCCAUGGAUAAUAAAUCAUCAGUGGUUUUUUGCUAGAUUAACUUAUAGCUUUCAGGUUUCUUUUACAUGUGAUUUAUUUUUCUUAGACCAGACAACAGUUUCUUUUCUAUUUAGAGCUCAUUUUAAUUUUAUAUAAAUAUAUAUACGUGAAUUUAAAAUAAUAUAUAUUGUGUACUUAGUAUAAAAAUGUUGGGUUGAGCUCAGCAAUAAAUGUUUUUGCACAACACUUCUGUGAAAGACAGAUUGAAUUAAAAUAAGACGCAUUAGUUCGUUAAUUUCACUCCACAGCAUCUGCCAAUUAAAUGCUUUUUAGCUAGUGCUCAUGUUUUGUAUGUGGUGUGUUGAUUAGAUAAGCUUGCAUCAUCAAGGUUAUUUAGAGUUGAAACACGCAGCUACAUAGACUCUGGCAUUCUUAAUACUGUGCAAAUUGUGUCAAAAUACCAUAAACUAUUUAGAAUGCAAGCUUCAUCUGAUUUUUUUUUUUUCCCCCUUUUUUCUCCAGGAAGGGCUUAAGGAAGACAACUUUUGUUUUUUGAGGCCUAAGAGUUCUGGCAGGAUGCUAAUUCUCUGAACUGUGUCAAACCUGAUAAUUCUUAACAAUGCAUGUAGCUAAGGGAGUUGGAGCAGUGAGCCAUCAGGCAGCAAUAUAUUUAAAAGACCCUGUCCUAAGAGAGUUCUACCUCUUCUGUGUUUUCCUCAUCAAGGCAUCUCAUUCAAAUUGCCAUCUUUUGUCUUCAUGCUUAAUGAAAUUUUAGAUUGGGAGACUUGGAGCCCUUUAUAACUACAGCACAAAUUUCCUUUCAACAUUCCUCUCUUCCUGGAAGUAUGCCUCACCUUCAGUUGAGGUGCAUCCUCUCUAAAUCUUAGGGGAGGGUAGGAGUAGUCCUGUCUGUGUGGCCUAUUGAGCUUCUCAGUCUUGGGAAACAACUAAUACUUACUGUGGAAAUAGGUAGUAGGAUGUGGAAAUAGGUAGUAGAAUGAUGAGAAUAAAAAUACAUGUUUGUGAAGCCAGUUCAAACAGCCCCCCAGAGGGUAACUGUGCUCAGUCAUUACACUCUGAGCUUCUUUGGAAUCAGCAACAUAGCGAUGAAAGGGUCUAUGUUCCCUAUUCUCCCUGGUUAAACCUAGCAAGGCGAAAUCAAAGGAAAUAAUAGGGUGGCUCCCAGAGACCUUUGCAGGUAGCAUAAACAAGAUGGGGAAGUGAAAGAUUUCUGCAACGUCCAAAUGCAAAAUUAAGUUAAUGUUUUACUAUUUUCUGCACAGCAGCUCUUCUGAAGAUGUUUUUCCCCAAGUUUUUACUCCUUUCUAAGGGCCUUUGUUAAUAAAUAAACUGUAGUUGUACAUACUAAAUAACCCUCAGUAUUCACAAGCAAUAAGAAAGCCAAGUAGAGCUGUCUUUUUCCAGACAGCAAGGCUGAACUUGGUUUGGGGACUGUGUAUGAGCUAACAUGACAAGCUCACUGAAAGCCCCAAACAAACGCAAGCAAUAAUUUCAAACGCAGGUUUUAGAUGUUUAAAACCGUCUGGGUAAUAUUUUCCGCUACAUGAUCCAAAGUCCCAAAAGUCGUGGUAGCUAUUUUAAAUCCUUUCAAGAUACUUGCAAAGAAAGAAAGCAGGCUAGAUGAAAAACAGGCUGCAAAGUUUCCUGAUACCUUGGACUAUUGACUGCAGUGUUCUCCCACUCCAAGAUGCAAAUGGCCUAAAUCACUUUGUCCAGCCUCCUCUGUUGAUUUGAGAUACAUGACUGAUACCAAUCAACUAAGUCACAAGUGUGGAUGCUGUGGGUUUCACAUCUGUUUUCUGCUAAUCAGAAGUAACUUUUAAUUACCUGGGUUCUGCUUCUUGUUUGAAUCCGAUCAAAGUUGUCUGAUGCACAGAUUUGGGGGUGGGACAGGUGCCAAGAACCUGUUUCCUUCCCGCAGUCCCAUCACCUGACCCUUCCUCCACACUCCUUCUCCACUUGGUGCAAGACCCUUGAGGACAUGAAAACAGAGAAAUCCUGCAACUCUCCCAAGCUGCCAUCAGUUGUGUGAACCAUUAACCCUCUGGGAGUCAUCUUGGACUCCAACUAACUUUAUCACAUUUGCUGCUACAUUCGUAAAAUGAACUUUUGGCUGUAUUUAUUAGCAAAUUUUAAUCUAGUUUACAGUUGGUUUGGUAUUCUUUUGAGUAGUUUUUGCCCACAGAUGGAUUAGAAGCGUUGGGGUGUUUGGGUUGGGUGUGUUUUUUUUUUUCUGGAGUGAAUUGGUGAAGGCACAGUGGUCCCUCUUCUGCUUUUGUUUUGGACAUUUUCUGAAGAUGGCAUUGCAGGGAAAACCUGCAGCCAAGCCAAGCUGUGGAAGGCUUCCUCCCACACCUAACUUUCAUCUUUCGCUGAAUUGGGGGGAAAUCAUUAAAGGGACACUUGCUUUUUGUUUGGGUUUGUUUUAUUUUUUUUUCAUAAAAUGAACCAGAAGGUGAAAGCAGUAGGUAAAUGGCUAAUUAAUUAACACUUUAUGCAAUUUUAAUUUUAUAGAAAUUUAAAAAAGGUUGGUAGAUUUUGAUUGGUCCUAGCUCUGGUGAAAUGGCUGUUACCCUCCAUGACUUACUUGAUUCAGGCCUUUGUCCUUUGUUUAAGUGCCUUUUUUAUUUUAUUUUUAUUUCCCUACCCUCUUUAAACUGUUCUCAGAGAUCCUGAAGUGCUGGAAGGCAUUUUGGAGGAAAAUCUUAAGCUUGCCAAGAUGGCUUUAUGCUGUUAUACUAUUUUUUCCCUUUUGUAAAGAAAAAAAAAAAGUAACGUGUGUAACUUCAUAGCUGCUGUACCCUGGUGUUGGUUCUGUGUGCUUGUGCGUUCUUUCUCUCACACUCACACAUGUACGCACACACACAUAUACAGCAAUAUUCCUGAGGAACGUGUUCGUCCUUCUGCAUUCUGCUGGCUCCGUUAAACACUUUACUUAAAGGUGAACGUUGGUGCAAAGAUGGCAGUACAAUAAAAGAGUGUGUGUGUGUGAGUGCGCAAAAGCGUGCAUGAGAGAAAGGAAGUGGCCAAUGGGAAUGAAACUUCUUGCAUUUUUCUCUGAAGGUUUUAAAUUUGGAUCUUUGUUAGGUCACGAGUAAAACAUUGUGGGCCCUGUCUGGCAACCUUAUUAAAUACUGGACCACUUCACACAAUUACUGAAUCUGAGACAAAGAUGUGUGACUGACAACCCCAAGAGGGAGGGCGGGGGGAGAAAGUUAAAAUAGCAGCCUGCAACAAGCCUGAGUUGAGAUGAAUUGCAAGGAAACGCGUGCACAGCUGGUCACGUCUGCUUGACACCAGUUAUUGCAAGGAUUCUCACAUUUACCAAAGUGUCACUUUGUAAGAAGGAAUUUGAUAAAACCUGGAAGAGUGCAGCUGCUAAUUGAAGUUAAACCUGGCUAUGAUUCACAUACUGCCUAAAUCAUUCACCAUGAAGUACUUUUCUAGUUGUACUUCUUCUCAACUUACUGAGAUUUCAUUAAUGAUUUGUUCUCUUACUAUAAUGUAAGUUCAUGUGUUAUUAGCUGCAAGUGAACCCUGAUUACAGUGUCUGUGCUUGUUUCCUUGUUCUCUGACAAAAUUAGCAAUCUGCAAUAGCUCAUCUAGUGAUUUUUAACAAUUCUGUGCUGAGGAUCUAUCCAAUUUAGGAUUGCUGAAAACAUGCAUGCUGAACUUAAGGUAACAGAUGUACGCCACACUAGACAGUGCUAGUUCUGUGAUGUGUUUCCCCAGGGAAGAUCUAAUUUUGAGUUGCAAUAUGAAAUGGAAUGAAGAGUCCUUCGUAAGCGGAGAACCCAGCUAGAGAGCAGAAAAUAAGACAUCAAAUACAACAUGUUUGUGUGGCAGAGAAUAGCCCAACUGCUAUUUCAGUUCUUAGCUUGUCUUCAUAUGUUUGAGUGAACCUGUUUUAUGUAAACUAGGAUUUCUUCUACCAAUCUCUAAUGGUGCCAGUCAAAGAUAGGACUAUUGCUGGUAGCUUAGCCAGUUGUGAUAGUGAAGGUGCUUCUUAAUCUGCUGUAGGUGCAUUAGUGAAGUUACUUCCGUGGAGUUUGCCAUAUCCACCUGUGGCAGUAAACUGAGCUAACCUGGCUCUUCUGUUUCUUUUCAAUUUAUUUUGGGCACAUGUGCUUUUUAUCCUAGGGUGAUCUGUGAGAUGGGGAAUCUACAGCUGGUCAUGAUGGUUGACUGUUGUGGUCUUUUUUAACAAAUGCAGCUGUUGUGAAAAUCUUUGUCUGUCUACUGCUUAAGAAAUCACUGCCAAAAUAAGCAGCCAGAAGUAUGCUUACUGGGCCACUGGAAAGAUAACUGUUGUGUAGGGGAAUGCUUUGUUUGUGGAAACUUCUGGUGUGGCUUCAUCAUCCUUUUUCUAUGACUCGGUGAUCCCUUGCUGCUGUAAUAGCCUUUUGGGGCCAUAGAAAGCCCUGCUGCUGCUAUGAGUUACGCUGAGAGAUCAGCAUGGCCUGGAACUGGCCCAAAACUGGGGAAGUACAAAGAUUCCCUACAGCUGUUUUUGCACACUCCUCAUAAAUAAAACUGUGCUAAUCUUGUCAGUAGUCAAGGAUAUAGGUCUGUAUUUUGUAGCCAUUUUUGACAGCUAUAAUUCUAUAGAGCAACUCUGGAGAAAAAAAAAAUACAUGUUUUGUAUCUAGAAGUGAAUUUCAGUCUCUUUAUUGCCAUCAUCUGCUUAAGUAAUAACCAUUAACUAGUUUUUCUUUAUGGUGAAGUAAUCCAAAGCAAGCAGUGUACACUAUGUUUGAUUCCUGUCAUGCUCAAUACUAAGGGGUUUUGUUUGUUUGUAUUGCCCAGCAAUGUAUGCAGAUGCAUUUUAUUGACAGUUAGUUAUGUUUGUUACUGUUUAGUACCAAGAGAAAAAGGGAGAGAAUCAACCAAAACCAGUCAGGAGAUGCCACCAUCACAGGCCAAACCAAGUAGCUGCGGAGGCAGCCAGAGCUUCUUUGAGACUUCCCAGAUUUCACCAGACGAGUGGGGCGUGGGGGAAUAAACUUUCUUUUGUUCUCAGCUUUUUCCAGAUAAGGCCUUAGUUUCAUUAGUAGUCACUAAUAUCAACUAUGCAGAUAAGUAUUUACGUGUUUCAGUGUUACAUGCAUUCCUUCCCCCAGCUACCCUUCUUAACACAUGUUGAAGUUUUACCCAAAGAAAAUGGAAUAUUUUUUUGAAUGUCUGUACUGCAGAAGUCUUUUUUGCUAACGUGAAGAAAGAAAUUUGUAUUUUAAAAAAGAAACCCUUUCACUGGUGCAACACCUAGUGUCAAGUGUCAUGAAGUUGCUUCAAGAGGGAAGCUAAAAUCACCUCUUGUGACAGGUUUUAGUUUGAGAGGUUUUUUUAGGAUAUUCAGCUCUCAAAAUUGGUUUAAGAAGCCGCAGCAAUGUUUUGUAAUGUACAGGUUAGAUCUGGGGAGAAACCAUGAGACAUCCCAGGUUUCCUUCCAGUAUCAGAAGUGAAUGAAAUAAAUUUAUCAAUUAAAUUAAGUUGCUUCUAAACACGGGGAGUUAUUGGCUACAUGGUAGCUGGAUCUUUAAAUAAAAGCUAAAUUGCGGUCCCCAGGUAUUUCUCGCUGAUCUUUUAGUCUUGUAUGUAACUACAAAUAACAGUUUAGCUCAGAGGUGAGAACUGUAGUGUGUGUUUCAUUGCCGGUGAUUCCAUCAUGUAGCAAUUAGUACCAUGUCCUCGCAUAGUUCUCAAGAUCCAUACUGGAAAUAGAUGGAGAAAUUUUAUUUUUGGACUACUGUUUAAAAAAAUUACAAAACUACUACUUUUUACCCUCAAAACUCUACUGAGCAGCAUUAUAUUUUAGCAGUUAAACUAGUACCCUUGUUACGUGAUUUGUCUCUUGUAGUCUUCUUUUACUGAGGGUUAGAAGCAUUUCAUGAGUAAUCCUUAAAAUGUUGGCAUUCUCUAGUUUAAAGUCAGGUGCUUAUUAUAAAAGGGCAUCUGUGGCGAUAACUUCUGAGGAUACAAAAGCACUGUGUUCGGAAUAUUUCAUUGGGG